CCUGCCCACUGCUAACUUCUUCUCAGUGAGCUCCCGAAUCCGUUAGAUUCUCCCAGGCCCUCAGACAGCCUACUGCUCCCCUGGCUUUGCUGCUCGACGCAAUUUAGGUUGAGUCAGAAAAUGCAGGUGUGGAUCGUUUUCCUCCUGUGCCUGGCCGGCAAGGCCCUGGCUGCUCCUGCUGAAGAGGGACCAGUCAUUGAUGAGGAGAUGGAAGUGGGCGCCAAUCCUGUCCAGGUUGAGACUGGAGAAUUCGAUGAGGCCAUUGAGGUUGUAGAGGAUGUUGCUGCAGAGAAUCCUUGCCUCAACCACCACUGCAAGAAAGGCAAGGUGUGUGAGGUGGAUGAAAACAACACACCAGUGUGUGUCUGCCAGGAUCCCUCAACCUGCCCAUCCUCUGUGGGAGAGUUUGAGCAUGUUUGCGGCACUGACAACAAGACCUAUGACUCCUCUUGCCACUUCUUCGCCACCAAGUGCACUUUGGAGGGCACCAAGAAGGGACACAAACUUCACCUGGACUACAUCGGACCCUGCAAAUACAUUGCUCCCUGCCUGGAUAACGAGCUGAACGAGUUCCCCCUUCGCAUGAGGGACUGGUUGAAAAACGUUCUGGUCACCCUCUAUGAGCGCGAUGAGGAGAACAACCUGCUCACAGAGAAGCAGAAGCUCAGAGUGAAGAAAAUCUAUGAAAAUGAGAAGAGACUGCAUGCUGGUGAACACUCCCUGGACCUGCUGGCCCAUGACUUCGAGAAGAACUACAACAUGUACAUCUUCCCCGUUCACUGGCAGUUCGGCCAGCUCGACCAGCAUCCCGUUGAUGGAUACCUGUCCCACACUGAACUGGCCCCCCUGCGUGCCCCACUUAUCCCAAUGGAGCACUGCACAACUCGGUUUUUCAGCCAGUGUGAUGUUGACAAUGACAAAUACAUUGCCCUAGAUGAAUGGGCUUCCUGCUUUGGCCUCAAGGAGCAGGACAUUGACAAGGAUCUUGUCAUCUAAACUGAGUUCAUCACUGACUCUUCUCUUUCUUCAUCGGGACAAGGUGCUAACCCAUAGAUUUUGAAAACAUAAUAACGGUGCUAAUGCCAUUCUCUAUCAACCUACCUAUACCACUAAAAAACAACAUAAAAACAAGCACACUUUGAAGUACAACUCACAGAAAAAAAGCAAAUCAUUUUCCAUUUGUGUCCUUUUGUUAUGUCUCUGAAAAGACAGUAGAGUAAAUUUAUUUCUCAAAUGUAACCUAUUGCCAAUUAACCUUAUGAUAAAAGUCAGAGGUAGAGACUGCUGUUUAGUCAGGUGGAUGCUGGAUAAAGUUGGACUGUAGGACCAUGUAUGUUGGGAAGGGUAUGUGAUGAAUGUUUUGCAUUUUAAUAUCGGAUGAUGUUUUUUACUUAAUCAGGGCUUGAAUUUAAUUUCAAUUUGGCAUCUGUUAGGAAAAAAAAUGUAAAACUAAAAUAAAAGUUUCUUAAUAAAUAUUCUUUUCUCUUGCUUUUAGAACUUUUUAUUGUUUUUGCUUAUUGUACUUUGUGGUGGUGGUAUCACAGACUUUGUUACUUCGUUAUAAUUUAGCUUUUAAAUUCGAGCCCUGCCCAGUGUGAGUGUAUCAAGACAAAAUGUUUCCUUUUACAUCGAAGGGCAAAUGUUGAGUGUUUUAAAAAUUCUUAAAAUAAUUUUUUCUUUGAACAAAAUGAGGAUGGAAUCUUGCAGGUUGAGAAUAUUUCUGCCUCUGAAAUGUUCACUUACUUUUGACCUUGCCACAGUGUGAGCAUUCUACGUCUCUACAUGAAUAAAAAAUAUUAAAAGUCA